GGACUCCGCGCCCUGUUCCGGUUCCGGGUGGGAGAAAGGGGAGAAAAAAAAAAAAAGCAAACCACGGAAGCCAGCCGAAACAGGGCGCAGAGUGCUUGGCGGAGAUGGGGGCCCAUUUAGGCCGCCGGUAUUUGGGGGACUCGGAGGUGGAGCCCGACCCUUCCGCCUUGCCCACCUUCGAUCCCCACUUCGGCCUCCCCGAGCGCAAGGAACGCGUGAUGAUGGCAACACGUCAAGAGAUGAAUGAUGCCCAGAUUCCUUACAAAUUCCGGGAUUAUUGUGCUCAUCACUACAUAAUGUGGAUGAAGUGCAAACGUGACAAAUAUCCUUUUUCAAUCAAUGGGUGUAAACAUGAGGCACAUGAGUGGAGUUACUGUGAGCAUCUGGACUAUGUUAUGCGCAUGAAAGAAUUUGAACGAGAACGGCGUUUGCUGGCUAGGAAGAAGCGCAUCGAAGAACAGGCGAAAAUUACCAUAGAAGCCUAAUUAGUUUGGGGUGCUUCUCCUCCCUCUUAAAAGAAACUUCUGGACUUGUUAUAUUGAAAACAAUAAAAAACAUUAUGUCACAGUUGGGUCUCAGAUGUUCACUGUGAUUCCUACAACUAAAUGAAUGAAUACACAUCUUGGACAUACGCUAAUAAAUGUUCAUAAAUG